AUGAAAGAACUCCCGAAGAACCUACGAAAGAACUCCCGAAGAACCUACGAAAGAACUCCCGGAGAAACCACGAAAGAACUUCCUAAGACCCACGAAAAAACUCUACGAAAGAACCUACGAAAGAACUCCCGAAGAACCUACGAAAGAACUCCCGGAGAAACCACGAAAGAACUCCCUAAGAACCCACGAAAGAACUCUCAAAGGACCUACGAAAUAACUCUCGAAAAACCUACGAAAGAUCUCGAAGAGCCCACGAAAGAACUCUCGAAGAACCCACGAAAGAACUCCCUAAGAUCCAUGAAAGAACUCACGAAAGGACCUACGGAAGAAACCACGAAAGAACUCCUAAGACCCAAGAAAGAACCCCGAAGAACCUAG